AUGGAAGGAAGUUCCAAAGCCUCAGGGCUGUGCAAGGCCGCAGCCCAGAACCUGUGCUUUUCAGGAGAUGAAAGCUUUGCUGGCCUCACGUGGCUCCUGUGGUUCUCCCAGGAAGUCCAGCAUGUUUCUGUUCUCUCACGUCUUGAGAUCACGAAUGGAAUUAAAAACGAGAAUCAAAAAUGGGAAGAUCCAGAGGAGGCAGAAGUGAAGAAGGCCCUUUGGAGAAAGUCUAGUGGCCUUUUUUGCCACCCUGAGACCAAGAGAGACAGGAAGGGUGAGCCUAUGCCGAGAGAGCCACACAGACGUUCUCCAGAUGAGCGUGAGGGGACGGCCCCGUCCCAGGACAGGGGUCAGCAGACACUCUGUGCUGGAGAGAAGGCCCGAGCAAAUCUGAGCAGAGAAACCUGCUCUCAGGGAUCUCUCUGUCGCCACCAGCCAGGCCCCGAACUGGAAAAAGCUUCUAAGUGUCAGGAAUGUGGGAAAAGCUUUAGCCGAGGUCCUUACCUUGUUCGGAAUCGGAGAAUCCACACCGGAGAAAAGCCUGACAAGUGCGGCGAAUGCGGGAAAGGCUUCAGCUAGCGCUUCGACCUCACUGCCCACGCAAGGACACACACGGGGGAGAGACCCUACCGCUGUGGGCAAUGUGGGAAAAGCUUCAACCAGAGGUCUGGCCUCAGUGUCUACCGGAGGACCCACAAUGGGGACAAGACUUACCGGUGCACCGUCUAUGGGAAGAGCUUCAACAGCUCCCAGCUCAGCGCUCACCGGCAAGCCCACGCCUGGCGGAGCCCCCACCUGUGUGCCCAACGUGGGAGAAGCUUCGGCAGCAGCUCCCACUCCAGUGGCCACCAGAAAACGCACACUGGGGAGAAGCCUCACAACUGCUCUGUGUGAGAGAAGUUUCACUAAGCUCCAUCCCCCCAUCUGCCAUCAGGGGGCACACGAGGACGACACCUCACAUCGCCAGGAAAGGACACACGGUACGGGGCUGGAGAGCCAACAGGCCAAUUCUGUACAUUGACGGGUCUCCUGGAGGUUCUGUCUGCUCACGGAGGCUUCUGCUAGCCAGUCCCAGGCUUCCAGGCGCAGCAGGAGACUCACAAGUGGACCUCGAGAACCUCGGGCAGGAGUAGCAAUCAGCGUGAGAACACCGAGCUUGCUUUCCCGGUCUGCCUGUGACCCACAGUCCCGUGUCACCAUGGACUUCCAUCUGCUCUCAAGAAAGGGGGCUGCGGGAUCCAAAGUCCUGCCAGAAAUCGAGGGUAACCGUGUUCCGAACAGAGGAUAGGUGGCUAGGGGCCUGGGAAGUGUUCCUGGGGCAGGUCAGGGGAGAAAUUUUCCCUCAUGGGAAGCACAUCUCGAAGUAGCCGCCUAGAUGUUUCCUAACCCAAGAAUGACCUGUAGGCAUCUGCUUGCAGGAACGUCUACCUCCGAGUCGAUCACUGCUGUGUAUCCCAGUCACCCAGAGAAGACGGCAGAGCUGGAGGGAUGGCUCAGGCCACCAGGUACUACUACUCUAAGUGACUUAAUCUCAGAGCAAGUGUGACACCUGGGUUCCUCUAAGAUUUCUCCCAUGUAUGGCCCCAACCCAGGUUCUUGCUUUCUGGUCUGGUACAGUUAACCGUUGCCACAGGUUCAU